CUGCGCAUGCUUUCUGUGGUGCUUGAUUUCGCGCGCUUUUGGCUCGAGGAGGAGACACUAACGUUACAGAAGAAGAUAAAACAGCAAGAGGUGUUUAGUACAGUGAAAUAUGUCUGAAGCCAGUAAUUUACAAGAACCAGAAAGUAACGUUAGAGCUUUGAAUAUAAAUGAAGUUGAAGAGGAUGAAGGAAACCGUGAGAUUUUUCUGAGUGUAUUUGUUCAACAAGGACAAAUUGGACUAAGUUAUUAUGACAGUUGCGAUUAUACGCUGCAUUUUAUGCCGGACACCAUGGACAACAGCGACCUCCAGCUGCUGGAUAGAGUUAUACAGGAGCUGAGUCCAAACGUCUUAAUAACAAGUGCAAAACAAGAGCAGAGCUUGCUAGAAUUUAUCGAAAAGCUUGAAUUAAAUCCUGAAUAUAAGCCUGAAAUAGUCAUGUUUCCAAAUGCAAACUUUGGUCUGGAGAUCAGCAGACAGCGUCUCCUCUCAGCACACAUCCCAUCUCUCCCUCCCACCAUCACAGAGAGCGAGAAAAUCCCAUAUCUCUCCUCCUGCAUCCCAUUAGACUCAGUGCUGAUGAUGAGGUCAAUAGGAGGGCUGUUGAAAUGUCUGGAGAGGAGGAGAGUUAGCUUAGACAUGGAAGACAUGGGCGUCCCCAUAAUGCAGUUUCUGGCUUACACACUGAAAGAUGUUGUGUACAUCGACAAAGACACAUAUAGUGCACUCCAGAUCUUUAAGUCUGAGCUGCAUCCUUCCGUCUUUAAGCUACAGUUAGGAGAGAAAGAAGGAUUGAGUCUUUAUGGUGUUCUGAAUUGCUGUCGGAGCAAGUUUGGCUCUCUGCUUUUACGGCAGUGGUUCCAUAGACCUACUCGAGAUCUAAACAUUCUGAAGAAGCGUCAGGAAGUGAUCCGUUUCUUUACAUCCCCUCGUAACUUUGCUGAUCUUAACACUUUGCAGAGUUCCCUUCGGAAUAUCAAGAACAUCUCGACACUACUGCAUAAAAUGUCUCUCGCUAACCCAAAGGUUGUUGUCUGGCAAAGUCUAUAUAAGACGGUGUACAAUGCAUUGUGCAUUAGGGACACCAUUCGCUCCAUGCCUCAGUCUAUCCAACUCUUCAGUGAAAUCAGUCAAAACUUCACUGAUGAUCUUUUCUACAUCGCUACAUACAUCAGCAAAGUGGUGGACUUUGAAGGAAGUGUAGCUGAGAACCGAUUUACUGUCAGGCCAAAUGUCGAUCCUGUUAUUGACGAGAAGAAAAGAAGGAUGAUGGGUCUCCCAGAUUUCCUGACAGACGUGGCUCGUGCUGAGCUGGAAAAACUGGACCCUCGCUUCUCCACCUGCAGCAUCAUCUACAUCCCUCUGAUUGGAUUUUUAUUGUCGGUGCCAAGAUUACCCACCAUGCUGGAUAAACAGAGCUUUGAGAUUGAGGGUCUUGAUUUCAUGUUCCUGUCAAAGGAUCAACUGCAUUACCGUAGCGCUCGAACCAAAGAGCUGGACAGCAUGCUGGGAGACCUGCAUUGUGACACCUUGGAUCUGGAGAUGGUGGUAAUGAGGAAGCUUCAGGCUUCAGUGCUUCAGCGGAGCCACUGUUUGUAUAAGGUCAUGUCUCUGUGUGCAGAGUUGGACUGUCUCAUUGCUUUGGCUCAGGCUUCUCUGGAUCACGGCUACUGCUGUCCAACCCUGACAUCAAACCACAGACUGGCCCUGAUUGAGUCACGCCAUCCUUUGCUGGAGCUGUGUACUCCAGUAUUUGUGUCAAACACCUACAUCAGCUCUGAAACUGAGGGCAAAGUUAAAGUUAUUACAGGACCAAAUUCCUCCGGCAAGAGCAUCUAUCUAAAACAGGUGGGACUGAUUGUGUUCAUGGCACUGAUUGGCUCAGAUGUUCCUGCUAAAGAGGCAGAGAUUGGGCUGGUAGAUGGAAUCUUCAGCCGCAUGCAUAGCCGGGAGUCUGUAUCAGUGGGUCUGAGCACCUUCAUGUUAGACUUAAACCAGAUGACAGGUUCCUUGAACCACAGCACUGGGGAUUCUCUUGUUUUAGUGGAUGAGUUUGGUAAAGGAACCAACACUGUGGAUGGAUUGGCUCUCCUGACUGCGAGUCUCAAUAACUGGAUGCGUCGUGGGCCUCAGUGUCCUCACUUACUUAUGUCGACAUGCUUCCACAGCCUCAUACAGCUGGGCUUGAUCUCUGAUUCUCCACUGCUGGAUUUACUGACUCUAGAGACAGCAAUAGAGGGAGAAGAGCUGGUGUUUUUGUACCAAGUGAAAAACGGCAUCUGCCAGUCGAGUUGUGCGGCUAAUAUCGCCACUCUGGCCGGCAUUUCUGACGACCUGGUCAAGAGAGGAGUGGAGGUGUCAGAGUUAUACAGAACAGGAAGAGCCAUCAGAAAGAUGAACAGCCCAUCCUUAGAUGAACAGUACAGCAGGUGUGUCGAGGUGGUGGAGAAAUUCCUCAGUAUUGAUCUGGAUGACCCUGAGCUGGAUCCCGAUUCUUACUUGAAAGAUGAGGUGCUCCCAACACUUGAAGAGCUUUGAACAGCCACUUCAUCCUUGGACCAAUGCGAUGUACCUUGAAGGUUUUAUGCUGAAACUUGCUAGUGAGUUGGUUGCUGCAACCCUUUUAGAGAGGCAUUGAACCUCGCAGACUGUAACAGGAGUAAUGUGGACAAGGGACAGUGAAUUGAAGGUUGCAGCCCAUUCUGGGUUCGGUUAAUGAGAGGAACUGUCAGACAGAUGUCACGGUUAAGUUCAGCAGCACUCUGCUCAUCUUAUAAACAGAGUCAGAGAUCCCCGUCUUUCAUUUGGUAAAAUCAAGACCUCACACUCAGAAUGCAUGAGCUCAUGCCUCAGAGGACUUCACUCUAUUUGUAUCAGUCACUCCUCAGAAGGGACAGUUGAGAGCAUUAGACUUUUUGUGCCACUGAGUUUCUGUAGGAAUACCAAUCACAAGCAAAUCUCUGUGUGACAUGUAGAAGCCAAACUUAGCGAAGCACACAUCAGCUUCAAAGUGCCUGUCUUUGCUCCAAUUAGCUCACUGUCUUACUUUUCCCGCAUUAUGUCCAAAAGAAGAGGAUUUGACAAAGGAUAGAUUCACAGACUCGCAAAUUUGAGGUCUGUCCCACAAGCUGUCAUGUUACCAGUCACAUUUUCCUUUUUAAGUUACAAGUUUCAGUAAGUCAGCAUGACCGAUUCAUCUUGCAGAAAUCAUCAAGCCAGCACUGAUGGAAGGCAACAUUUGCAUUCCUUCCAAAAAUGAUUUCACUGUUUUUGCUCCUGAGACUCCUGCACCAGUGAGAAACCCACAUUCAUUCAUAUCAAUUAGCCGCGGGUCUGUCACGGCUGUUUACAUGGCCAGUGUAGCGUCACCGCAUAAAUGCAUGAAGUGACCAUCUGGAUCUAGGAGACCCGCGAGGAGUUUUCUGGAACACCAGCAGUCAUGAACCGGAAGAAUAGCUUGUUUCAACAAACACAUUUUUGUUUCGGUUAAGCCAAGCAGAAUAUACUGAAACAAUUUACUGCAUGAUCAGACAACAUAGAAGAAACUAUCUUGGAUUAAGCUACCAGAUUAUCUCUGCCCAUCUCCAUCUGAUGAACUUUAAUACUAACAGGACCCAGAGACUUCUUCGCACAGAAAUGAAUUUGACAUGGAUUCGUAAAUGGAUCUGAGCCUCUGACUGAUGAUUAGCGUUUUCACCUCUGGAUUACGGGACACUCCUAUGAUAAACUCUGCAGUGGAAUAUGAUCAAUCAUGCAAGAGAUAUGUUGUGGAGAGACGCUAAAAAGACAUCAGCUGAGCCAGGACUGACAUGGCUGCCCACCUGAAGAAAGCAG